UCUCUUUCUCUCUCAUGUGUAUACUAGGAAUGUACCCUUCUGGUAUAAUUGACACUGCGGAGUGUGUAUAAGAUGGGUCAGUGUAUCAUAAACGGAAAGAAGACCUGAUCUUUCCUCCUUGUCCCCAACAACUUUGCUAUGGCUCCUAUAGUAGACUAUUCUCUCUACCUUGUCACUGACAGCUCGCUCGUGCCAAAAGACGCGACGUUUCUCGGUCAAAUCGAAAAGGCGCUCGAGGGCGGUGUAACACUUGUCCAGCUUCGAGAGAAAGAUCUCGACACUGGUCCGUUCAUUGACUUGGCGUACAAGGUCAAAGCACUGACGCGACGAUUCAAUGUCCCACUCAUAAUCAAUGAUCGUAUUGACGUUGCCCUGGCGAUCGAUGCCGACGGUGUUCACAUUGGUCAAGAUGACAUGCCCAUGUGUCGUGCACGUCAAAUUCUUGGCCACAGCAAGAUUAUUGGUGUUUCGGUCAACACCAUUGAGGAAGGGUUGGAAGCCGUGCGCGCUGGUGCGGAUUAUCUCGGUAUUGGUGCUGUCUGGGAUACUUCUACCAAGAAGUUGACCAAAAAGACGCUCGGUAUCCAAGGCGUCAAAGAUAUCCUGGCAGCCAUCCCGCCGAUCCCCAACGUCGCUAUUGGCGGUAUCAAGCUGAACAAUGGCAAAGAGUUGCUUGCCAAUACUACGGGUGUAUCCGGCCUUUCGAUUGUUUCUGCCAUCAUGGCUGCCGCUGAUCCAAAGAAUGCUUGUGAAGAAUUGCUGGCAAUGAUUCGCGAGUAUGUCCCCGGUGCUUCUCUGGAACAAGAUGUCGUCAAAUAUGCUGUCAAAGCAGCUGCCCGCGUCAAGUCUGAAUCUCCUCUGGUUCACCAUAUGACAAACAAUGUUGUUAUUAACGAUAAUGCAAAUGCCACUCUGGCUGUUGGCGCAUCACCUAUCAUGUCGACGAACACCGAAGAAGUGGAUGAUUUGGCUGCCAUCAACGGUGCCAUGGUGGUGAAUAUGGGCACACUAUCGCCCACAAUGUCGGAUGCCAUGUUUGCUGCCAUGCAUAGCAAUGCCAAAAAUGGUAACCCUGUUAUUUUUGAUCCAGUCGGUGCAGCAGCAUCGAAAUAUCGACGCGAGAUGACACAACGGUUCCUGGAUGAGUGCAAGCUGGCUGUGCUCAAGGGUAACACGGGCGAAAUCCUAUAUAUUGCCAACCGUGGUGGUCAAUUGCGUGGUGUUGAUUCUAUGGGCGAUAAUGGAGGCGAAACAAAUGCUGCUACUGCUGUUAUGGAAACUGCCAAAAAGUAUGGUUGCGUCGUUGCCAUGACAGGUGCUAUUGAUUAUGUGUCGGAUGGCAGCCGUGUGUUUGCCAUAGAAAACGGCAAUCCUUUGAUGGCGUGUAUCACAGGCAGUGGCUGUAUGGUAUCCUCUAUUGUCGGCUGUUUCACUGCAGUAAACCGUGAAAACUACCUCUUUGCUACUAUUGCAGCGCUUCUAACGGUCACGGUCGCUUCUGAAAAGGCAGGAAGCCGUUUGGACGUAAACGGCCCAGGCACCUUCCGAUCUGCACUUAUCGAUGAGCUUUACAACAUCACCAACGAUCCCAUCAUUCUUACACAAUAUGCAAAGAUCCGAGAAAUCAAAUUAUAGUAA